UUUGUAUCACCUUCUGAGAUUAGAAUGCAUUAAAAUAUCCGGACACAGAGUUCUGUUUUCACAACUGAACAGAAAGAUGAUUCAUCCACGAUAACCUGGAGACAAUGUGGUGGUUUACGCGCAUCUGUUGCUAUAAUAUUCCGGUUAAAUAAUGGCUUGCCGGGGUGGUUGCUGCUGCCACGGCAUCGGUCCCCUGAAUGAAGAUAAUGCUAGAUUUCUCAUGCUGGCUUUGUUGAUCAUCAUCUACCUGUUAUGUGGGGCAGCGGUGUUUUCAGCCCUUGAGCAUCCGAAGGAGAAGCUCGCCAAAGAGAGAUGGGCUCAGAGGAUCGAGCAGUUCGCCCAGAAGUACAACCUGAGUCAAGACGACCUGAAGAACUUUCUGAGGAACUAUGAGGAGGCCAAUGUGGCCGGGAUUCGUGUGGACGCAACCAGACCUCGAUGGGAUUUUACGGGGGCUUUUUAUUUCGUCGGAACGGUGGUUUCAACCAUAGGUUUUGGGAUGACAACACCUGUUACUAUCACAGGCAAGAUAUUCCUGAUCUUUUAUGGGCUCAUUGGUUGUGCUGCCACCAUUUUGUUCUUUAACCUCUUCCUGGAACGCGUUAUCACCGUGAUUGCAUUCGUUCUGAAGUUCUGCCAUGAGCAUAGAGAACAGCGUAUAGCCGCGCCACCUCAAAACCACCACCGCCCCUCUACCAGCUGCAGAGAGUGCCGCACAGACAGCUUGGCAGGCUGGAAGCCUUCAGUGUACUGCGUGAUGUUCAUCCUAGGAGUCGCCGCCAUCUUGGUCUCUUGCUGCGCAUCUGCAUUGUAUUCCGCAGCAGAGGGUUGGGACUACCUGGACUCCCUCUAUUUCUGUUUCGUGGCUUUCAGCACCAUCGGCUUUGGGGAUAUGGUGAGCAACCAGCGUGAGAUGUAUGAGGCUCAGGCGGCCUAUAGGGUGGGAAACUUCCUUUUCAUCCUAACAGGGGUGUGUUGCAUCUACUCGCUGUUCAACGUAAUUUCCAUCGUUAUCAAGCAAGUUCUCAACUGGCUUCUGCAUACACUAGAGACUCCUUGCCGUUGCCCAGGCCAAGGGAACCGCCAUCCGCGGAGGAAUGUGGUGGCGCCUGGACACUUGAGAACCCGUCGGGACAGUUCCAUUGAGACCGAUGCAGUCAAUGAUAGCGAGGCGGAUGGACGCCGAAUGUCUGGAGAGAUGAUCUCAAUGAAGGACUUUCUAGCCGCUAAUAAAGUUAAUCUAGCCAUGAUGCAGAAGCAGCUGUCAGAGAUGGCCAAUGGGCAUCCUCGCCAAUUAGGGUCCAGCUCACGGCACAAUGAGUUCUCUGAAGGGGUUGGUGCGUUGGGAAUAAUGAACAACCGAUUGGCAGAGACAAGUGUGGAUAGAUAAGUCUACCAUUUAGAAAUGUGAAAUUACAUUAAAUGACUAGUUCACCCAAAAAUGUAAAUUCAGUCUUUAUUUACUCACUCAUGCCGUAUGCUGUUAUUUUUCUGUGGAACACAAAAGAAGAAAUUUAGGACAACAAACACCAUGAGUGAAAAAUACCAUAAAAGUAGUACGAUUUAUGUGCUAUAUUCCAAGUCUUCUGAAGCCAUUUGAUGGCUUUGUGUUAGGAACAGGCUAAAAUGUAAGUCACUAUUCACUGAUAAACUUAACCUCUUCUGAAGCUUAUGUCUAGCCACAUUCAGAUUUUAAAAAUGGUACAUCAACGUCAUUGACAGCAAAACAACAAUAGUUUUUGUGUGUAGUAACUGAACACAAUGUACAAUUCAAAAAAUAAAAAAGUCUGGACACAAUGAGAGCUUCAGUGGAGAUGAAAGUCUAUACAACAGACCAAAAUUUGGGUCUGUUCCUCACAGAAAGACAACAUAUAGCUUCAGAGGACUUGUAAAUUAGUGCACAAUUCAUAUGGACUAUUUUAAUGAUACUUUUAUUGUGCUUUUUGGAGCUUGACAGCUUGGUUACAAUGAAAUGUCAUUAAAUGGCAAGAGCUGUGUAAAGUCUAGUCAAUUUGACAAUCUGGAUCUGGCUGGCUCUGGUAACCUCAGAAGAUUUAUCCUGAGGUUGAGACAGAGAAACAGAUAGAAAUAUAGCCGCAAGCGACUAUUGUCGGGGGCCAAGCACAUAUGGCGAGGUGACCAAAACAAACAAAUCUGACAGAAAAGAUCCUGUGAAUGCUGUGGACAGCUAUUUUGGUGUGACAUUUCACCUGCUUUGAGCACAGUUGCAAAAAUAGAAUUGUCUUAAGUUGUAGCACCCCCUAACAUCAAAAAUGAAAGAAACUCGUUAUGUUACCUCAAAGUGUUCGCUUGUCCAUGUGUAAAAAUUUUAAGUUUGAAAAUUGCACUCACAAGAUAGAGGCUAAUUAGUCAUUAUAGGCCACACCCAAAACAUAUUUGCUUAUAUCUUUGGAACGAUUCGAUGCAUCAAAAUUCUUUUGACAAAUUUUGUCAAGAGGGUCUGUAGAUGAUAUAUAUCAAGUUUUGUAAGAAUCGGGCAAACGGCCUAGGACGAGUUUGAAAAGUAGUUUUUUCGUAUAAAUUGAAAUUGUAAAAAAAACGUUUCUUACGGGAAUGGAAAUUUCGUAAAAAAUUCAAAAUGCAGGAAAAAAAUUAUAGAUGGAAAUGAAAUUGGAGAUAUACAUCUUGACUCAGUGUAUGAGCAGAUAAAAGAAAUUCGAUUCUAGCCCUUACAGUUGCAGACAUAUGA